AUGCUCCUCUCGCAUCCUUUGGUCACAAUCCGGGCGGCUAAUCGCCUCACUCCUCCCCUACCGUAUUCUGAUAGUUUACCUUGCCACGUAUUAUUGAUCGUUACAUUAUCUGGAGUAAAGUGA